AUGGAGUCUCGUGUUAAGUAUUUAGACGAGUUGAUCCUUGCCAUCAAGAGUUCAGCGGAGGAGAAUGUAACUUUUGAUUCUUUCCCGCCGAGAUCCUCGAUGACCACCGACCUAAAAUCAAUGAAAGUGAUCGAUAUUCUUCUGAAAAAUUUGGUGACCCCACGGUUAUCUUCCAGCAUUUUUGCCAGAUCUUUGGAAGCAUUAGACCUGCUCCUACGAAGAAAGCCGUAUCUUUUGUUUCUCUCAAUGGGGGUUCCAGACAAAACCGAGGAAGUAGGUAUUAUUUGGAUUCUUACCCAAUUCAUAAAAGUUUCGUGUAUCCAGUGGGGAUCACCGACAUUUCUGUGGACCGUAAAGCAGAAAAUAGGGCGCUGGUGUAAUAUUUACUCUAAUUUGACGGACCUCGAAUCCAAAACCCUGAUAUCUGGAUUUAUAUUUGGCCAGCUUACUAGGCUCGAGGCCCAAAUAACAAGUGUCUUCAGUAGCUCUCAAGAUGAGAUUGAAUUUACAGAAGCGUGCAGGAAAAUCUAUAUCCUUUGCGACUGGUGUAGCCAACCAGAGCUUCAAAUUAGUACCCCACUAUUGAACACAGCCUUGGAAAGCAGCAAAUGGGAUAAUUACUUCCAGAGGCUUGUAAGAGUCGUAUAUUACGUGCUUGAUUCGGUGACGGUUGAGCAUGUUGUACUGCAAGAACUGCAAACAAGAUACCUUACGCUUGUCGCCAGCUAUGCCAUAAAUCGAGGCACCAAGCAUGUGCACCUGCGACGUGCUCCUUCCACAGAUGCACCCCUCAGAUUUUCCCUCGAAACAAUAUCGAGUUUCAUGUUAGCACACACACACGACUUGCUGCCUGAAAAUGACGCUUGUCUCGCCAAAACUUUAAUAAGGCUUUACUUAAUAGCCACCGCACAACCUUCAGCAGCACAAAUAUUUUUCGAUAUCAUGUCUUUUGAUCGGUAUUGCGAUGCAAACCAAGAAUCAUUUACUCAGAGGGCGGCAUUGUUGAUCACCUUCGAUAGAAAGAGGAGAAUUGCCGCCAGCAGUGAACUAGUUCAAGUUGAGGGUAUCGUUCUGUUUGGAGGAGAAAAGUAUCAAAGUCUACAAGCUGCCGCACUAACACCCUUUCCCCAUAGCCGACAACUAGAAUUAUUAAGAAAGGCAGUAUUGAAUGCUUUCCGAGCUGAGCGUUCAGAUCUGGAUCUUGCAGAUUUAGCUGCCGUAGGCUUUUCUUCCGAUGUCAAGUCGCCUGAAGUUAUUUUUUUUGAACUAGACACCAAGAUUGACAAGGCCUUCAAGCAAAAGAAUUUUCAAGCUCUUGUGCACUCCAUCCGUUUACUGGGUAAACUUGCGUGUUUUGAGCUUGAUGCGACCACCAUUGAAGAAAAACCAUGGCAACAUUGUUUUUUGUGCGACAACUCUUUGCCGAGUAAGUCUUUUAACUCAUACAACUUGUUGAGGCCUGACGCUUCCACAAAGAGUAGAGCUUUCAAAAUAAUGUCGAAACAUUUCGUAAAAAAUCAGCACCUAAAUGAUUUUGGCGAGUCGCUUCUUGGCGCCAUAAUUAUUGCUCUGCGGAGAAUCUUCAUGCAUUUUCAACCGCCAGAAUUGAUUGUGAACGACAAUUCCGCGCUUGGUACAUCAGAAACGUUUAACUUUGUCAAACGCGUUUUCUCGAUACCAAACAGAUAUCUCAGACUAUUGGCAGUUCCAUUGAUGUCUUCUACAAACAACUCAUCGGCGCAUGAUUUCGAAGAUCGACAAACCACCUUUCUUAUUGAGCUUCUUCAAAACAUCUCUACGCACUCUCUAACAGAGACAGUGUUGAUGUCAUGGGUCCGAUUGACACUCACUACUCGAGGUGAUAGCUUUGACCCGCUGCUUGUCAAGUUGGUCGAUAUUUUCAAUUCCACAAACUUUGCUGAGCGCUGCAUGAUGACACAUCAACUACGCUACAUUUCAUGGCUGAAAAAAGCGACGCCGUACCGACUGUUGUCACCUAUUUUGCCUCUAAUUUUGAAGCAAAUUGGUAAAAAUAUCAAGGAGAAAAAGCUGUCCCUUCAAAGGCUUGCUGAUUUUGUUGAGUAUCCUUCGAAAACAAUCCUUGAGAAUUUCCAGAAAUACAUUGUACCUUACGCUAUAACACAGUAUAAGGAUGACGUAAUUACUGAGAUUUCGAGUAUUUUGUGUGAUUACGAACCCAAUGAACUGUCUAUUCAAAAAGACCGCCUCUUGAGCAAAAAUAGUCGUCAGAUAUUUGCAGUCGCACUUGUAAAGCACGGGUUUUUUUCCAUUGACACAUUAGAGUCGCUUUUUGUUAAUUGUCUACCUACUUUCGAUAGGUCUUACGUGGCAGCUUACUUGCCUGAUUACAAAACCCUUGCAGAAAUUCUGAAGCUUUACAAGAAUUAUGAUACCAAUGAGCACCACCAGAAGGACAAUGACAACAUGGUUCUUUGCGCACUUCGAUUCCUUUUCAACAGAUAUGAUAUUGGAAAGCGCCGCGCAUCAAAACAUAAAUUGUUAUCCGAGUGGUCGAAUGAUAAUGAUAUAAAGUUUCAAAAAAAGUUGCAGGACAACAUAUUGGGUAUCUUUCAGGUAUUCUCGAGCGACAUGCAUGAUGUUGAGGGGCGCACCACUUACUUCGAAAAAUUGAGAGUUAUAAACGGAAUACACUUUCUAAUUAUACAUGCUUCCUCGGAAUGCCUUAUAUCGGCUUUGGCCCAAAUAAGCAUUUGUCUACAAAGUGGCCAGGAGGUUCCUGAAAUUCAAGAUAAUGCUUUCAAAUGUUGGCUAGAUUUGAUAAAAAGACUCACACAGGAGCAACUUUCCACUGUCGUAGACAGUUUUGUUCCGUUCACGCUUCAAAAAUGGACAACGUUCAGUGUUAAAGUAAAGAAGACCCUAAAUGAUAUACUGGGGGUUCUCAUAAACGACAAAAGAGAGCUAGUUUUGAACUCAAGGCCAUACAUUACCUUAGCCUUAGUGAAUAUGACUGAGUUGAAUAUUUUGGAAGAUAAUAGAUCCUUUGCUAGACUUGUGAACAGAGCCCUUUACACCACUGAUUGGUUUACAGAGUAUGCCAACAAUUUGAAGAGCAAAAACAAAUAUUUGGUUCGCCAGAUUCUUAAGGACGUAAAAUCUCUUUUGCUAAAGAAGCAAUUAGAAAGCCUGCUCCAAUCGACAUCGAAUGGAGCAUCUAAGGCAGAUAUCUCAAUUCUGCUAGGAAGUCUUCUCGAUACAUGUUAUAGAUUUCGAAGCGAAGACCUCGACCUGUGUCGAGAAUGUACUGCCAUAAUUGGGGUAAUCGGUGUUUUAGAUGUUACAAAACAUCAAUUGCCAAGAUCUUCGGCGCAUAUUCGCGACGUUUUCGACUUUGGUGACCACGCACAAACCGUGAAAUUUCUCAUAAACAUCACUAAUGACAUUUUAGUCCCUGCUUUCUGGGAAAGCGAAAAUCCGACCAAGCAGUUGUUUGUUGCAUUGGUAAUGCAAGAGUCUUUGAAAUUUUGUGGGUUAAGCUCAUCUUCCUGGGACAUUCAGAAGCCUGAGCUUUAUCCUCAUGAGACAAGACUUUGGGGUAGGUUUAAUGACAUUGCCAAAACCACACUUUAUCCCUUGCGAUCUUCUUUGUAUAUGGCCCAGUCAUGGAAGGAGUAUUCACCUAUAAGAUAUCCUUCAUUCAAUCCUAAAGUUGGAUAUAGGACAUGGCUGAAGAAUCUAACGCUCGAUCUUUUAAAAACGGGCACUGACGAAUCUCACCCUCUUCAUGUUUUCUCCUCUCUGAUUAGAGAGGAUGAUGGUUUUCUGUCAGAAAAUUUGCUUCCAUACAUUGUCAUAGAUAUUCUCAUCAAAGCAGAGGAAGAAACCUCCUAUUGUGAUUAUGCUAAAAAUCUGAAAGCUGAAUUUACUUAUAUCUUUGAGUUCGACCUAUCAUCGCUUAACCAUUAUCAACUUGAUUCAAUAAAGUUAUGCUAUGAAAUUGUUUUCAAAGUGCUUGAGUAUUGCAAGAAGUGGAUCACACAAUUCAACCAAUCUUACAGCAGGAAACAUGGAACUUUUACGAUUCGUGAGAAUAAAUAUUUGAAAAUGAUUCACAGGAUUAAUGACUUCUUAGAAAUGGCUCCAUUUGGGCUGAUGGCUCAAAGGUCACUGGAAACAGAUUCGUUCGAAAGAUCCGCCCUUUAUCUAGAGCAGUCCUAUCGAGUGAAAGACAGAGAAUACUUUGGAAAUGACAAACUUCUUUCAUAUUUGCAGACAACAUACGCAGAAAUUGGUGAUAUUGACUCAGUAGAAGGUGUGCUAAAGAUUUUCUCUACCGGAAGUGUGGCAUCUAAAAUAGAGGAAUUGCAGUACUCUCAUAAUUGGGGCAUGGCACAGCAGUGCUUUGAGGCGCUGGGAAGGAUUACCGAACCAACAAAGAAAUACGAAGGACUUUGUAUUUCUGGAAAUACGAAAAUGCUAAAGUCAAUGUACAACCAUCAGCAGUACGAUCAGGUUGUUGCCAAAUUAGUUACCUUGGUGCCAAGCCAAACUUCGCAAGCAAACGAAUAUCCUGUAGAAUGGAUAAGUAUGGGAAUUGAGAGCGCAUAUCUCAGCGGACAACAUGAUAACCUCAAAAGGUGGAUACGAAUAAUAGAGAGUUUCGAGCAGAUCAGCGAUCCAAUGACUCUUCUUCAUUACAACUUUAGCAAAGUAUUGAUGUCACUGUGCCAAAACGAGAGAGAUGAGGCGAUGACGUAUACCCAGCGGUGCCAUAAACUCAUCGGCGCCAAAUUUUCAACUUUAUCUGUCAACACUACACUUCUCAAAAUACGGGAUAUCGUUUUGCGAUUACACGCCAUCAGAGAUCUUUGGAUUGUUUCAGACCCAUCACUAUCAUUUCAAGUAGUAGCAGGUAACCAAGUAUUAGACAAGCGUCUGGAAAACGUCGGCGCCGACUUCGAACCUCGCCACUUCCUGUUGUCUAUCCAGAAGUCUUACAAUCUUUUGAAGUGUAAUGAGGCCGGCAGCACAACAUUGGCUGAGAAUUUUUUCAAACUUGCCCAGAAUGCAAGGAUAAAUUCUAGAGCAGACUUGGCCAGCGGCGCUCUUAUUCAUGCUUUAAUUUACGAAUAUCCAUCAGCAGAUUUAGAGUAUGCUGAGGUGUUAUGGAACCAAGGUGAGAAUGACAAAGCAAUCAAGCUGGUGGGCGAAAUUCAUCAAAAGAUGAAUAAUAAGGAGGGUUUAGAACCACGAGAACGUGCCAAAGUUUUUUUGAAAUACACCGAGUGGCUAGAUCUAUCCAACAAUUCCAUUUCUGAGCAAAUCAUAAAGCAAUAUAAUGACGUGAUUCGUCUAGAUCCUGGCUGGAGUGAGCCAUAUUAUUCUCUUGGCCUUUACUUUAGCAGACUUUUGGAGAGGCGCAGCGCUGAAGGAUACAUUUCUAAUGGUAGGUUCGAGACCAAAUCUAUAUCCUUCUUUCUUCUUUCAUUCGAGAAAGAUACGACGAGAACACGAGAAGCAUUGCCCAAAGUUGUAACAUUUUGGCUUGAUACUGCAAAUUUGUUAUCAAGCGAAACAAAUGCUGGGAGAAAGGACAGUCUGAAGAGAUCAGUCGAAGAGAUUUGUAAAAGAAUGGAAAUUGCUAUAAAGAACUGCCCGACUUAUAUCUGGUACUCGGUUUUGACGCAGAUAUUAUCGCGCCUCCUGCAUUCUCACAAAGCGUCAGUACAACUUAUGAUGCAAAUUCUGCUCAAUUUGGCAAUCGAAUACCCAUCUCAUAUCUUGUGGUACUUAUCGGUAUUAUUGAACUCGACUUCUUCGACUAGACUAUCUGUUGGAAAACACAUAGUUGAGCAGUUCAGGCAAAAUUUCCCAGAUCCUAACGAGCUCCUGAGUUACUCUGAUGAUUUAGUCAAACAUUUGACAAAUGUAUGCAUGAAAGAUGUCAAGUCAUCAAAUAGUAGGUCUGGAAGGUCUUUAGAUAAGGACUUUGAUUUCAAUCUUAAGUUAGCGCCUUGCCCUAUGACUGUCCCUGUCAACGCCAAUUUGGAGAUGCUCACUCCGACAUCAUCGGAAAGCUUGGCAAAGUUCCAGCCGUUUGGCCGCUUAAUAACCAUUGCAAAAAUUGGUUCAUCGUACAAGGUUUAUUCUUCCUUGAAAAAGCCUAAGAAGCUAAAUUUCGUUGGUUCCGAUGGAAAGAUAUAUGGUAUUAUGUGCAAGAAAGAAGACGUGCGACAAGAUAAUCAAUAUAUGCAGUUUUCGACAACGAUGGACUUCCUGCUAAGCAAGGAUUUGGCUUCGAGGAAAAGAAACUUGGGAAUAACAACGUAUGCAAUUGUGUCCCUACGAGAAGAUUGUGGCUUGAUUGAAAUUGUUCCAAAUGUGACAACUUUGAGGUCAAUUCUAGUUACAAAAUACGAUGGCAUGAAAAUAAAAUACAGCUUGAAGUCGCUUCACGAUAAGUGGCAAACACUACCAGAUGACCAAAAACUUGGGUUCUUCAAAGACCUCUGUGCGAAGUUUCCUCCCGUGCUUUACGAAUGGUUUCUAGAGACUUUUCCUGACGCUAUUGCAUGGUACAAAGCUAGAAACACGUUUUCUAGAUCCUAUGCUGUAAUGGCAAUGGUGGGCCAUAUACUGGGGUUGGGAGAUCGUCAUUGUGAGAACAUUUUGCUAGAUGUCGAAACUGGGAAAGUACUCCACGUCGAUUUUGAUUGCUUAUUCGAGAAAGGGAAAAGACUACCCAUUCCCGAAAUUGUUCCCUUCAGACUAACCCAAAAUCUUGAAGAUGCAUUAGGAAUAUCUGGAACUGAAGGUACCUUCAAAAGAUCUAGCCAAGUGACUCUAGAGUUGAUGAGGGACAAUGAAGUUGCUCUGGUCAACAUCAUCGAAACAAUCAUGUAUGACAGGAAUAUGGACCAUUCACUUCACAAGGCGCUUAAAGUUAUACGCAACAAAAUUAGGGGUAUAGACUCGCGGGACGGCCUAGUUUUGAGUAUAGCGGGACAGGUCGAAACUGUUACCCAAGAGUCAACAUCUGAAGAAAAUUUGAGUAGAAUGUAUAUCGGGUGGUUACCGUUCUGGUAG